AUGGCUGAGGAGGUUCCCCAGUUCAAGCUUUUGUUAGUUGGAGAUGGAGGCGUAGGCAAAACUACUCUGGUCAAAAGGCACCUGACUGGAGAGUUUGAGAAGAAAUAUAUCCCAACACUCGGUGUUGAGGUACAUCCUCUGAAGUUCAGAACUAACUGCGGCACAGUCCAGUUCAACGCAUGGGAUACAGCAGGACAAGAGAAGUACGGAGGACUCAGAGACGGAUAUUACAUUAAGGGGGAGUGCGCUAUAAUAAUGUUCGACGUCACAAGCAGGAUCACGUACAGAAACGUCCCGAACUGGCAUAGGGAUAUCGUCAGGGUGUGCGAAAACAUACCCAUGGUCCUGGUCGGAAACAAAGCCGACGUGAAGGAGAGGCAGGUCAAGGCCGCACACAUCCAGUUCCACAGGAAGAGGAACCUCCAGUACUACGACCUGAGUGCCAGGAGCAACUACAACUUCGAGCGCCCAUUCUUGUGGCUGGCCCGCAGACUCCUGAACAAACCUCAGCUCGUGUUUGUAGGAGAAUGUGCCAAGGCACCUGAAAUUGCAAUUGACCCACUCUUGGUUCAACAAUCGGAGCGUGAGCUUGAAGCCGCUGCAAACGUCGCAAUAGAUGAUGACGGAGACAUGUAA